AUGCCUCUCGUCAAAAUGGAGACAUUUACAGGCGUGGAAGGAGUCGAUUAUUUCAAAGUCACAAUUGGUGGUAGAAAGAUCAAGGAUGAGUUUGCACUCAAGUCAGGAUUGGACACCAUUUUCAACGAAGCUGGAAAAUCCGGCGAGUACGCUUGCUGCCAUGUGGAUCUUCGCCACUGGGAUAUCUAUUCCUGGGAGCAAAAGGAUGUACUAAAGGAGCUUUACGGAUUGAAAGAUGCGGGCAUGGACUCUGGGGUGUAG